AUGGGCAGUGCCGAAGAGUCCAGUUUUGCUCAGAUGAACAAGAACCUCGACUACGAUGUCUUGAUCAUAGGUGCAGGUCUUUCUGGCUUAUAUAGUUUACAUCGAAUGCACAAAUUAGGCCUUCGAGCUAAAGUCCUCGAGGCCGGUGGUGAUGUGGGCGGCACAUGGUACUGGAAUCGCUACCCCGGUGCACGAUUCGAUUCAGAGAGUUACUCAUAUGGCUUCUCAUUCUCGCAAGAAGUUCUUGAUGAAUGGAACUGGUCCGAACAUUUUGCUGCCCAGCCUGAAACACUACGAUACUGCGAAUUUCUAUGCAACAAGUUCAAAUUGCGUCCAGACAUGCAAUUUAACACUCGGGUUACCUCGGCACACUUCCAAGAUCAAUCAAAUUCAUGGAAGCUGACAGACGAACACCGAAACCAAUAUACAUCACGCUUCCUGGUGACAUGUAUUGGCAUCUUGAAUAAAUUUACUAUGCCUAAUAUCGUCGGUGCCUCAAGCUACAAGGGACAAGCAUUUCACACAGCGCGCUGGCCUCGUGGAUCGGCUAAUUUUGAGAACAAACGGGUUGCAGUUAUUGGUACCGGAGCAACUGGUAUACAAGUGAUCCAAGAAAUUGUCAAAACUGUGGGUCAUCUGACAGUAUUUCAACGCACUCCCAACUGGAGCGUCCCACUAAGAAACGAAACAAUUCCCCCCGAAGAAAUGAACGAGAUCCGGUCACGCUAUCCUGACAUAUUCCGGCGAUGUGCCGAGUCCUAUUCGGGCUUCCUUCAUUUGUCUGACGAAAGAAGCACUUUUUCCAUGCGCCCAGAUGAUCGCGAAGCAUUCUGGGAAGACCUUUACCAGAAGCGUGGCUUUGCGAAGCUGCUUGCUAACUUUGGUGAUAUCAACACAAACAAAGAAGCGAACAAUCUCAUCAGCGAGUUCAUCGCGAACAAGAUCCGCCAACGCGUCAAGGAUCCGGCCACGGCCGAGGCACUUAUUCCAAAAUGCCACGGGUUUGGGACAAAGCGUCUUCCUUUAGAGUCAGGCUACUUCGAGGCCUACAACAGACCUAAUGUCCGACUUGUCGAUGCCAAGAAGAGUCCAAUUGAAUUUAUCACAGAGACUGGCAUCCGAACGACUGAUGAAGAUUUUGAGUUUGAUAUAAUCAUAUAUGCUACGGGCUUUGAUGCCGUGACCGGGUCCUUUUCUGCUAUUGACUUCCAAGGUGUGAAUGGAAUCAAGCUGUCAGAUCGAUGGGCUGAUGGCCCAAGGACCCAUCUGGGUCUUUUUGUGGAAAGCUUCCCAAAUAUGACGAUGGUGAUGGGACCACAUCAGAUGUUCGGGAAUUUCCCACGGAGUAUCGAGUAUGCCGUGGGUUGGGUUGCUCGGUUUAUUGAGUAUUGCAGCGACCAUGCUAUCACUUUUGUCGAAACCUCGAGGCAGAAUGUGAUUGACUGGACCGAGCAUGUGCAUACAUGUGCCGAUGGACUUUUGGCCAAUGAGGUGGAUUCGUGGAUGACAGGUGUAAACAAGAACCUGGCACAUAAACAGAAAAGAAUUAUUGCACGCUACCAAGGGCCGGCACCAGGAUACCGGAAACGGGCUGAGGAUGUGGCAGCGAGGGAUUAUUCUGAUUUGAUACUUGCGUGA